AUGCUGUGCCACCGACACAUCCACAUCCACUGCCACCUCUUCCUGCUGCAGCUCCUUGCGGUGCCCCUCUUGCAGGGAUCCCCCGUUUCGAGUCCGGAAAUAUCCAAUAAGGGCUCCAAGUCGCCGAACAGCGUGCAGCAGCAGGUGCAACAGCAACAGCAGCAGCAGCAGGAGGCCCACCUGAAUUCGCUGAGUGCCUAUGCCAGUGGUUAUGACAUGGCCCAGAACCAGGUUCAGACGCAGGUCCUGUCGCCCACGGAUCCUGCGUUCAAGCCCUCGUACAAGAUGCCCGAAAUGGAGACCAACUUCACGCCCAUGCAAACGGCCGGAACCCCAAGCGUGGCCAGCCUCCCGUCGACUCCCAUGCUCAUGCAAUACCUGCCGGCCCAGUCGAUCCAAGAUGGUACCGGGAACACCGUCCAGUAUCUCCAGCUGAUCCCCACCCGACCAAUUAUAGUGCCCAUCUCGCCGUAUCUUUCGGCUGCUGCCGCUGCGGCUGCAGGACCUCCGUCCAUCUCCGCCGGUGGACAGCCGGACUUUGGGGGAAGGACAGCAGCUGUGUUGAGUGCUCUGCCGCCGAACUACGCAGCCCUCCAGGGAUACGCCGCCGGCUCCAUCAAUCCGGCCGCCGCCUUCCGCAACACCUACAGGAUCAAUCGCGAGGCCAAGGACAAGCACUUUCCGCCCACGUUUUCGCUCAACCUCAACGAGUAUCUGCCGGCCGCCUCGAUGGGACUGGCUGGUGGCCACGACGCCUCCGCCAACGGCCCACAUUUGUACCUGAGGGCCAGACCUUAGGAUAUAAGCUACCUCCAAAAGCUCACCACGUUUUAGCCUUUAGAACUGUUAUUUUUUGUUGUUAAGCAUACGAA